GAAUUGAAUUCAAAACCCCAUUCACUCUGUCUAUAAAUACACCCAACACCACUUCCAUUAAAUUACACUUCACACCACACAACACAACACAACACCUCUAUUCAUCUUUAUCUUAACUCUUAACUUGAUCUCUCUUUUUUCUUCUCUCUCACAUCAUCUUCCACUUCUCUAGUCUCUUGUUUGUUAUUACUUAUUAGUUAUCAGCAACACAAACACAAGAGAGGAAAAAAAAGAAAAAGAAAAAGAAAAAAAUAGAAAUGAAAGAAUAUUGGACCUCUUUGGCAUCGGUUCUGGGGGUAUUCGCUUUCUGCCAAACCAUACUCCAAGCGGUGUUCCCACCGGAGCUCCGUUUUGCCACCGUGAAGCUCUUCAACAAGAUCUUCCACUGCUUCUCCUCCUACUGUUACUUCGACAUAACGGAGAUCGACGGCGUCAACACCAACGAGCUCUACAACGCCGUCCAGCUCUACCUCAGCUCCUCUGUCUCCGUGACCGGCAACCGCCUCAGCCUGACACGCGCCCUCAACUCCUCCGCCUUCACCUUCGGCCUGGCCAACAAUGACACCAUCUCCGACACCUUCAACGGCGCCACCGUGCUCUGGGAACACGUAGUCACCCAGCGGCAAUCCCAAACCUUCUCAUGGCGCCCCUUGCCGGAAGAAAAACGAGGCUUCACUCUCCGAAUCAGAAAGAAAGACAAACCCUUGAUCCUCAACUCUUACCUGGACUAUGUUAUGGAGAAAGCCAAUGAGAUAAGAAGAAAGAAUCAGGAUCGGUUGCUGUAUACGAAUUCCAGAGGCGGUUCUCUAGAUUCCAGAGGCCACCCUUGGGAAUCUGUGCCCUUCAAGCACCCAAGCACCUUCGAUACAUUGGCUAUGGACCCUGACAAGAAGAAAGAGAUCAUGGAGGAUCUUCAGGAUUUCGCCAGAGGUCAAGGAUUCUAUCACAGAACUGGCAGAGCUUGGAAGAGAGGCUACCUUCUCUAUGGCCCUCCCGGCACCGGAAAAUCCAGCAUGAUCGCCGCCAUGGCCAAUUACCUUGGCUACGAUAUCUAUGAUCUUGAGUUGACCGAGGUUCAUAACAACUCUGAGCUCAGGAAGCUUCUCAUGAAGACCAGUUCCAAGUCCAUAAUCGUCAUUGAGGAUAUUGAUUGUUCUAUCAACUUGACCAACCGGAAGAAGACCAACAAUGGCGGCGGCGGCGCUUCCAGGAGUUACUAUGAUUCCGGUGAUAUACGCGGCGGCGGUGGGGGUGGCGGUGAAGAUGGCGGGAACUCGAUUACUCUGUCUGGGUUGCUGAAUUUCACGGAUGGGUUGUGGUCUUGCUGUGGGAGUGAAAGGAUCUUCGUUUUCACGACGAACCACAUUGAGAAGCUUGACUCUGCUCUCUUGAGAAGUGGAAGAAUGGAUAUGCAUGUUUUCAUGAGCUUCUGUUCCUUCCCUGCUCUCAAGAUUCUUCUCAGGAACUACUUGAAUUACGAGGAAGGCGACUUGGAUGGCCAUGUCUUGAAGGAGCUCGAGAUGGUGGUCGAUAUGGCCCGAAUGACCCCUGCUGACAUCAGCGAGGUUCUCAUCAAGAACCGCCGCAAGAAGGACAGAGCCGUCGUCGAGUUGUUGGAGACACUCAAGAUCCGAGCUGAGAGGAAUAACAACAAUGCCAGCAAUGGCGGAAGAGCAGUCAGAAGGGGAAAAAAUGAUGAUGAAGAUGAAGAAGAGGAAGAAGAACAAGAGAAGAGGGCUCUGGAUAGUGAGAGUCCUAAGGAGGAGUCUGAGAUUGAGGACAAUUGCAACAAGGUGGAAGAUGAAGAUGAAGAAGAAGAAGAAGAAGGAGAUGGAGAAAAAGAGAAGAUUAAGUGAUGAUGAUGGUAAUGUUGUUAACAAGAACCGUUCUUUGUUCUUGUUCUUCUUAUUCUACAGUGACAAAGAUGAGUUUCACAUGUUACUGAAAAAUAUUGAGCAGCAUACACUGUAAUCUCAAGUGUAAUUGAUUAUAUUUUGAAAAAAAAAAUGAAAUUUAUGGUGAGCUAA